GGUUCUCGGCAGCAUAAAUAGACUCCCAUUAACAGCAGUCUUGGAUGCGCUUUUUGUACUCACGGAGGAAACUUGGAACAAUGUGUAGAAUGAUGGCGAACGUCAAGCGGAUCCUGAGCCCCCUGAGGAAGGGACCCACGCAGCGGAACCUGUUUGGCCCAAUAGACAGGGAGCAGCUGCGGGCAGACUACCAGGCUGCCCUGAGGAAAGACCUGGAGGAAGCGUCUCGUCGCUGGGGUUUUGACUUCAUGUCCAACCGGCCUCUGGCCAACGGCGAUUUUCAAUGGGAGGGCGUCCCGGGCGCCGAGGUGCCGUUGCUCUACAGAUCACGUAUGUUGGGGAAGGCGGCCGGUCCAAGGGCAACAGAGGCCACGGUCGGCCCCAAGAGAGCCAAGGCGGAGCCGCCAGAGUGCGAGAAGGAGAACAUCCCUGAAAACAAGUCCGACAGAUGUCCUUUCAAUGAGGAGAGAACUCCAAGGAAGAAGGAGAAUGCCGGGCUUAAGAGGAAACAAACUAACAUUACAGAUUUCUAUCAGUCCAAAAGAAGAUUCGUCGGGAUGCCGCUUAAAUCCGGCGAGUGAUUUUUCUCCCCCCCCCCCCCCCCCCCACUCCCCCAAUCGGUGCAGCGCUCCUGAAAGAGUGACGACAAUAUUCCAACAGAACCUCUCAUAAACACUCAGGAAUGUCAAGUUUGGCACAGACUGCACAUUUUCUCCCAGGAUACAACAUGAGGGACCUCAGCCGUCGUGUCUUUAAGGUUAAUUUGGGUACUGUAUUCAUUCUAAACAGAGGGUAGGGAUGGUAAAACGUUAACAUUAGAUCUGCGGAGAUUACCGUUAAUCUUUGCACUGGUGGAUUUAUACUCGUUUGGAUCAAGAGGAUGUCCAAGGGUCGACUGAAUUAUUCCUUCUGUGCGUUCCGUUCCGUUCAAUGGGCUGUUUGGACGUCUCUGCCAUGUGGAAGCAGAGCAAUGUAGGAUGAACAUUACCGUAUUUUCACGACCAUAGGGCGCACCGUAUUAAAAGGCGCAGUCUCAGCUAAGGGGUUUAGUUCUGUAUUUAACACAUACAUAAAGCGCACCGUAUUAUUGGGCGCAGGCCUGGUAAAACAUACGCUGGCUUAAAACAUACGGUCGCAUGCAUGCACGCUAAAACAAUGUUUUUAAAAAGGCUUUAUUGAAGUAUUUAACAAUGUACUCACGUUAUUUUUUGAUCAACCCUCAUCCACAAAUCCAUCAAAGUCCGAAAUGAACAGCUGGGCAAGUUCUCCAUCAAGCACGGCAGGUUCGAGUCAGUCUCGUUGCCGUGCGGCUCCUCAGAAAUGAUGCCGGCUUUUACGAAAGCUCGAACAACAGUGCGGGCAGACACGUUAGCCGGAGCAUCCACAAUCCAUUCACAAAUUGUGGCGUAACUCGCCCGCCGCUGCCUCCUAGUCUUGCGUUAAGCUGUGUUCGCCAUCUGUCGUCCAUCGCUUGCUUCCACGCCGCUCUCAACUUCACUUUGAACGGCCUGUUUACACGGUUGUCCAGCGGUCGGAGUUCCUUAGUCAAGCCUCCCGGAAUGAUGGCAAGCUUCCUCACUUGCACUCAGUCGAAUGGUGACUAGAGACGCUUCUCCAGGCUGUUCUUUGCUCAUUAAUCCAUUGCUCGAGUUUGUCUUCCAACUCGGGCCACCUCGCCUUGUUUCCGCGGAAACUCGGCUUCGUCUUCUUGACUUGGCGAAGCUCGUUUUCAUGGAUUCGUUGAUCUUGAAUUCGAUUCCCAUGUUCCUCCGCGUAACUGACAGCUUGCAGUUUAAACUGUGCGUCGUAAGCGUGUCUCUUUGUUGUUUUGCACAAUGCACACCCCGGCGCUAUAUACCUACUGGGGGCGUGGCUUUAGCGUCCUCCUUCACGCACCCUUCCCCUGUCCUCAGCCACGUCCGCUUUUCCUCUGUGUAAGCAGUGUGUCGGGAGGAAAUGCUAAAAAAAAAAAAAAAAAAAAAAAGUCAAGCGAAGCGCUCAUCACACAACAACAUUUAUAGAUGACCAUUUUGGAGGAAAUGUAAGACUUUUGCCUUAUGGUCGUGAAAAUACGGUACUUGAAACACAGACGGCAUCAGGGUUAGCACCAAUCUGCCUCGAGGAAAUCAAGGAAUGAUGGGAGGAUGGAAGGUCCUUUGGCUCCUCUUCGCUGGAAUCAUCUCUUUUUUUUACUUCGUUGUUCUUCAUCAUGAGGUGAAGAAGUUAUUUUUCUUUUUCUUUUUGUUUCCAACCCCCAAUAAGCACUCCCUGUGUGUUAUACUCUUGCGCAAUGAAGCGUUCCAACGUGCUCUCCACACAUUCGCCUUGCUUAGAAUAGACGUGGCACGAGCGCCAUCAUUUUCCAUCUUCUGGCUUCACGUUGCCUUUUUUUUUUUUUUU